CCGAUUGCUUCCCUUGGAAAACUUCCGGUUUCUGUCAAAACAAAUACACGCGAGCGUCAGUUGUUCAUGUCAAUACACAUCUUAACGUUUUAGAGGAAAGAGACUGAAAACGGGAAUAUUUUUGUCAUUUUAGGUACACAAAUGUGUGACAGUUUGACCACAAUUGAUGAGCUACCAAAUGAAAUUCUACUUGUGAUAUUUAGCUACUGUAAUGUUGAUUCAUUGAACAAUUCUUCAUUGGUUUGUAAGAGAUGGAAUGUUGUGAUUGGUCAAUCAGACAUUUUAUGGAAAGAACUAUGUUCUUCCUUGCAUGAAACCAGGAGGCUGAUACAAACAGACAGGGAGCUUGGUAGAUCUUGGCAGGCAUCAUUCAAGAUGAAUUACAACACUAACGAGACAAAGAAGAAAUGGAAGAAAGGAGAGUUUAGUAAUCCAAAAAAUUACCAAGCACUGCCAACUAAACUGGUUUGUAAAAUGGACGAUGAGAGCUGGGGUGAAAUAUUCCAGAUGGAACUGGAUCGUUGUUGAUUCAUAUUUCCAUUUUACUUAAGAUACUAGUAGAAAUGAAGAAUAAAUAUGAACAGCCUACUAAAAGGAUUUAAAAAAAAGACUAAAAUUGAUGAUUACCAAUGACAAAUUCAUUGCAUACUUAAUGUUUCAAGUACCAUGAGGCCAGAAAGUUUUGAUGCUCAGUUUAAUUUUGAGAAAAACCUGAAAAAAAACAUCUUGUUUGGUUUUUAAUUUAAAAAAAAAUGUUUUAAAGUAAAUAUAUAAACAGAGAUCUACCGCAAUAGCUUAAAUAUUAUUCUUUAUAAGCAUAAGGACUAAAUGACAUGUACAAAAAACUUGUUGUCUCACUGUUGAAGACUUAAUCUAUUAUAACAAUCUAUUAUAGGGCAGCUUGAAAAUACAUGUAUUUUCAUUAUAUUAUUAAUGGUUUCAGGUUAUUUUUGUAUUUAUCAAAUUUUUUAUUUUUUUUUAUGUUUAUGUUUUUGUUUAUUUAAUUUAUGAUAAGUUUUAUGAUUUAGUUUUAUUUGCAAGUUGUUUUCUCUGUAGCUAUAUAUAGAUGUACAGAAUAUAUGUUUGUUGUUUUCAUAUGGAAGUAAAUGAGAUAUAUAUAUAUCAAAACCUUUAAAGCAGGCAAUAUUGUUCAUAUUGAUGAAGAAUAUUAUUAAAACUGCUUAGACUGAACAUAAAUUACCUAAAUUCCAUAUUGAUGUACUUAACUAUUUUAAACAGAGUUUAAACAAUACAAGUUUUUCAUGUUAUAUUUGUUUUCAAGAGUUAUGUCUCUUUAUAACAUAUAUUAAGACACAAUUUAGAUUUAUAUUCUACAAAGCUUCUUUGCCAAUUCUCAAAGAUACAGACAAAACUAUUUGAUUUCAUCAUUUAUCAAGACCUUGUAAUUUGCAAAGGGAGAUAAUUUCGACCAAAUUGUGUUUAAUUCAGGGGGAGACAAUUUAAGUAAACAUUAACAUUGUAUUCAGAAAACAUGAAAGAUUUAAACAUAUAUUUUAUUUCUUAUCAUUCAGAAAAUUAUUUUAUGGAAUUAAUAACCAAAUGGUGAUUUCUAUUGGUGAAUUUUUGCUUGAUUUUUACAUCCUCCUUAAUCAGUAUGAGAUAAAUACAAUUUGGAACAUUCAAUAGUUUAUUAAACUAUUGAACAUUUCGUUCAGUCAUUUUGUACAUUUGAUUGACCAAAUACAUAUCAAAUUUAGCGACUUUUUGGAGAUACUGGCUAUCAUUGUAUAUAUACAGGUAUAUGUAGACGUAUAUUUUAGACAUUUUGUCCUACACAUUUUUUUUACCAUCUUGCAGGAUGUUUUUUUUUAUUUAGAAAAAAAUCAUCCUCAUAACACACAGAGUUUGGCCCAAAAAAAUCUGUUUUUGUGUUGAUUUAAUCAUUAUGCAGUAGAUUUUAAUUUUUAUUUUUUUAUCAGGUCUGGAACUUGAUUUUAUGGGAGUGAUUGUUUAUUUAUGAGUGAUUGUUUUAUUGCUUUGUUUGUUUAUGAAAGUAUAUUGUUUGGUGUGUUUAUUUAAUUUAUUUUUAGUGUUUUAACAUAUGACAUUGAUUGUUGUAGAGUAUAUUCUCAACUGUGCUCAUCACAGGCUGUGCUUGUAAAUAAAUAAAAUCAUUUUAUAAU